UGCUGUCGUUACCGUUCAGGCUCAGAACUACGAAGCAGGGGGCCGCACAAAACAAAGCACUUUUUGUAUCACGGAGCAUUCGCGUUGCCUUUUUGGUGUCUUGCCAAAUAGAGGGGGAUUAACUGAAAACACCGUUUACAAGGCAUUUUCCCCCCACCAUUUACAGGCCAGUGACCGCAGCUCAGUGGUUAUGUUUGGGGUUGGCAGUCAGUAAAGUGCAGGUGGACAGUCCACUGCUUGGUUGCUUGUGGUAACUCUCUGCCAUGCCUUUCCCCUUUGGAAAGUCCCACAAGUCACCGGCGGACAUUGUCAAGAACCUUAAGGACAGCAUGACUGUGCUUGAGAAGCAUGACAUCUCUGACAAAAAGGCUGAAAAGGCAACUGAGGAGGUGUCAAAGAGCUUGGUAGCCAUGAAGGAGAUCCUGUAUGGGACAAAUGAAAAAGAACCCCAGACAGAGGCAGUAGCUCAGCUGGCCCAGGAGCUCUACAACAGUGGUUUGCUCAGCACGUUGAUUGCAGACCUGCAGCUCAUCGACUUUGAGGGUAAGAAAGAUGUGGCUCAGAUCUUCAACAACAUCCUGAGGCGUCAGAUUGGCACUCGGACACCAACGGUGGAGUACCUCUGCACCCAGCAGAACAUACUCUUCAUGUUGCUUAAAGGGUAUGAGUCUCCAGAGAUUGCCCUAAACUGCGGGAUCAUGUUGAGGGAGUGCAUCCGACAUGAACCACUGGCCAAAAUCACUCUGUGUUCAGAGCAGUUCUACGACUUCUUCAGAUACGUGGAGAUGUCCACGUUUGACAUUGCAUCCGAUGCAUUUGCUACUUUCAAAGACCUCCUCACGAGACACAAACUACUGAGUGCAGAGUUUCUGGAGCAGCAUUAUGACAGAUUCUUCAGCGAAUAUGAGAAGUUGCUGCACUCGGAGAACUAUGUGACAAAACGACAAUCCCUCAAGUUACUGGGGGAGUUGCUUCUUGACCGGCACAAUUUCACCAUUAUGACAAAAUACAUCAGCAAGCCAGAGAAUCUCAAACUAAUGAUGAAUCUGCUGCGAGACAAGAGCCGCAACAUCCAGUUUGAGGCUUUCCACGUAUUUAAGGUGUUUGUGGCCAAUCCCAACAAAACUCAGCCCAUCUUGGACAUUCUGCUGAAGAACCAGACCAAACUCAUUGAGUUUCUCAGCAAGUUUCAGAAUGACAGAACGGAGGAUGAACAAUUCAAUGAUGAAAAGACAUACCUGGUCAAGCAGAUCAGGGACCUGAAGAGGCCUGCUCCUCAGGAGGCCUGAGCACAAGUGCAGGUUUUGGGGGCGGGGGAAAACCACCAGGACAAUGUCUGGGCGAGUUCCAGACUACAUCUGCAAAACUGACCCAUCGCCAACUGCUGUUCUGGUUUCUGAGCAAAAAUCGAGGAAGCAAAUGACAAACCAACUUAACCGUAUCAGCCCAUCAGGAAGUCGCCUGCUUCGCUGUGAACAUUUGAUUUGUCUUUCUUUACUCAGUCUUUCUUUCCUCAUACAGAAUAAGAGUAAAUAAUAGAUGCUGCUGCUUUCUUGCACAUUAAGACGUAAAGUAUAAUGCGUCCAUCACACAGUGACAGAACAUGUCCACCACAUUUAACACGAGACAGAUGCACAACAAAUGAUGAGACAGACACGUAUAUACAUGC